CACAGUGUAAUUUGGCCUGGUCAAACGAUUCAAAAACCGCGUGGAUGGGUUUUCCCAAAGAACGGAAUGCAGUUGAAAAUCGGUGUCCCAAAUCGAGUCAGUUUUCAGGAAUUUGUGGGACAAGUAAAGCACACUGAUGUAUUCAAAGGAUACUGCAUUGAUGUGUUCACAUCUGCUCUAAACUUACUGCCAUAUGUUGUGCCAUAUAAGUUUCAAUCGUUUGGAGACGGUCUCCAAAACCCAAGCAACAUCAAGCUCGUACGCUUGAUAAAUGCUGGUGUUUAUGAUGCUGCGGUGGGUGACAUUGCUAUUACUACGAAUCGGACACGACUAGCCGAUUUUUCACAACCAUUUAUUGAAUCCGGUCUUGUUGUAGUGGCACCAGUUAGGCGGUCGAACUCUAGUACUUGGGCUUUUCUUAGACCGUUUUCUCCGUUAAUGUGGUGUGUUUCGGGACUCUUUUUCCUAGCGUUGGGAGCCGUUGUAUGGACUCUAGAACAUCGUAUAAACGAUGAAUUUCGAGGACCUCCUAAAAAACAGAUCGUCACAAUUAUAUGGUUUAGCUUUUCAACUUUGUUUUCCUCCUACAGAGAAAAUACGCUGAGCACUCUUGUUCGUAUCGUUGUAAUUCUAUGGUUAUUCGUGGUUCUUAUAAUAAACUCAAGCUAUACUGCUAGUUUGACUUCAAUCUUAACGGUACAGAAACUUUCUUCGCCUAUUAAAGGCAUCGACGGUUUGAUGGCAAGCAAAGAUCCCAUCGGGUACCAAGAGAAUUCGUUUGUGCGUAACUAU